CGCACCGCCCACUCUCGAACCUUCCCGCAACGGCAUGCUUUCACCUACACAUACCUCUUCGUCGGAGUGCCCGUGGGCGUCAAAGGCCCCGUUGGAAAGGCCUUGUCCAUCGAUGGUCGAAACCGCAGCUGGUUCCACGUCAGCGCCUCCGACUACCUAUUUCGCAGCGGCCGGAAAUUGGACCUCGCGGACAAGCUGAAGAGCUACUUGCAUACGCAAGGCGUGACGGAUCGAGACUACGCUUUCGCAUAUCUGGUCACCGCCCCGCGCUUUCUGGGCUACAGCUUCAACCCGGUGUCGUUUUGGUAUUUGUAUGAUGCGGACACGGUGCUCAAGUAUAUGAUCUUGGAAGUCAACAACACUUUCGACGAGCGACGAAUGUAUCUACUUGGCGCCGAUGGCUCAGCGGAGGGAGCGAAUGGGUCGUCCGGCGGCAAGAAAUCGAACGGGAGGACGUUCACGGACACGUGGGAGAAGGACUUCCAUGUCUCUCCGUUCAACAGUCGGCAGGGAUCGUAUUCUCUUCGAGCUCUAGACCCGCUUGCAGCCUAUGAAGAGACAGGGCAUGUGCGAAUCGACAACAAAAUCGUGCUGCGGUCGUCGAAGGAAAGUCCGAAGAUUGUUGCUCACGUCUGGUCAGAAGGCGAGCCGAAAGAAGCUGCGAGUAUAGGGACUCUCGAGUUGGCAAGAUUCAUCGCUUCUUGGUGGUGGGUAGGUCUUGCAACAUUCCCGCGCAUUGUCUGGGAAGCGCAGAAACUAUUCUUCCGUCGCAAGUUGAAUGUCUGGUUCAGGCCGGAGGUUGCGGACAGCAGCAUUGGCCGCACGUACACGGACGACGAGAGACAGCUGGAGGGCUUCUUCCAGGCUUUCCUCCGGCAUGCCGUCGAGAGUUCGACCGAUGCUCUCCAAGUCAUCUACCAUCCCGCCCAUUCCGACGGACAGGAGGAGGUCGCCAUGUACUCCCCCGGCUUCAUAUACGAAGACGACCACAAGCGCAAGCUCACCCUGCGAGUCUCCUCUCCCGCCUUCUACAGCCGCUUCGUGCACUACGCCCACGUGCAAGAAGCCUUUGAUCGCGAGAGCCUGUCGACAGACGAAAAGAACCGGACCCUUAUCAUCGAAAACCAAGCCUUACUCCCCACUCUCCUGAAAGCCAUCCAAACGACUGAACAACAAAACGCCAAACUUCCAACCCCCACCACCCUCAUCGACCGACCCCGAUGGUCCAUCCUCAAAGCCCUCCGCUGCCCCCCUUCUAGCCCCAGCUACCCCAACCCCACCACAACCACCACAAUCUCAGACAUCCGCACUCUCCCCCAGUCCCCGCUAGACACCUACAUCCAGCAGCAUCAACCAGCCCCAGAAGCAGGCACGUACCGCCGCAUCGCCACCAAACUCUUCCUCGCGCAGCGCUUCGCUUUCGGGAUCCCGGCUCUCGUCACCGCGCUCGACUGGCUGGUUCGC